CCUGGGUUUUACGUUUAAACGGGGGCUCGAUGUUUGGCUGCUACGACGAGAUGGAGUUGAUGUCUCCAAACCCUAGCUCCAGAACCUUAAUCUCCAUCAACCCAAAUCUCCCCACUUUGCCUUCUCAAAUUCAAUGUCCACGAUCUCUCCCCUUAUCCCCGCCCCAUUCAAGAUCCGCCGUCAAUCCAACACUCCUCCUCCGCCGCCGUAGCUUAGCUCUCCGGUGCUCCCCCAGCGAAGCCGCCGGCGACCCCCAAAAUUCCAGCCCCCAGGACCAAUCGAGCUCCAGAGUCAAUUUCUGGACAAAAUGGAAGGUGGACAGUGCAGAGAUGAGGUCGAGGAUGGCGAAGCUAGGGCUUGCCGCUGUACUUGCUUAUGGGCUGUUUGAUGGAGUGACUUACACCACCUUCUUUGUUCUUGCAUUUCUUGGAUACGAGAAGAGCACGGGCAAGAAUCCGGCAGCAAAUCUCCAAGCUCUCUUAGGGAUAGUUCUCUUGAUGUGGACUGGAAACAAUGUUACAAGACCAUUCAGAGUUGCAGGAGCAGCUGCAUUAGCACCUGUCAUUGACAAAGAACUAAAGAGGAUUCAGAAGAAUUUGAAUCUGCCGAGCCAAAUCUUUGCCUUUGCACUUGUAGUAGUUAUAAUAGCUUCAUCAUGCUUCGCUGUCGUUGGUUUGCUCAUCCUCUCAAGAUGGGGAAAGUGAAUGAUGUCCACAUUAUGCUCAGAGAUUACAUGCUAUCUAGCCUUAUAAUUGUCUUGAUGUGGACCGGAAACGACGUUGCAAGACCAUUUAGAUUUGCUGGGAGCAGCUGCACUACCGCCAGUCAUCGAUAAAGGACUGAGGAGGAUUGAGAAGUAUUUGAAUCUUCCGAGCAAAAUCUUCACCUUCGCACUUGUAUUAGGCGCAGUAGCUUCAUCAUGCUACGCGGUCAUUCGUCUGCUUGUCCUCUCAAGAUGGGGAAGUGAAUGAUUUGCACAUU